GUGUUCGUGCACUUGAACAUCGCAUCAACUUAUCUUGGAGGAUUGCAAAUGGACACAAUUUGGCAGCUUGAAGAGAAUAAAUCCUCCUACAUCAAAAACUCCAUAUCACUGAGAGGAUGUAUAGACAGACUCUGAACAAGCUGACCAAAGCCCUGAUUCAAGGCAAACACGAGGAAAAGCAACAUGAUGUUUCAACUAACCUCAAGAGAAGCAGAAAAUAAGCGAACCUGGUUUCCUGACCAAGACCAUCCCCAAGCCCCUGAAAACAAACAAGACCAACAAGCCGUCCUUGAAAAACUGCAAAGUCCUGAAAGCCUUCAAAGCACUAAACAUCUUCAAGAAAAUUAAGAAAUGAAGGCAAUGCAUACAAUUGCAAAUUUGGUGUAAUUAUUAUUUCUCAUAGAGCUGCAGUACUGAAGAGUGGACAAACCGGGGAGCCAGAGUACAAUAAAUGAGUACGGAUUCCUUAUUCCAUCAAACAACGGAUAAAUCUUCUUUAGAAUCAACUAAGCUAAGUUGGACACGUGUUUUAUGGAAACUUAUGCGGUAGGUCUCCAACUAUUUAAAAAUGCCUUCGUCUGCUCUGUUGCCUUAAGGUAAGAUACAAGUCCAUAGAGCUUAACUGCCAAGAUCUCCAUGGAAGCCACAUUUCCCAUUAAUUACCAAAGCCAAAUGGUAGGCCUAUGAAGUAGUCUAUUAUCUAGGUCUCCAUGGCUAUUUUGGCGACGGGAAACACCCACGUGUAGGUCAAUGUGUCCUCACUUUGCAACACAGACUCAAGAAACCAAAACAUCUGGACAUUUUGACAUCCGUGGAUGGGAUGGUUCACUUGAAUGCUUUGUGCAGAAGGACAAGAGUGGACGAAUGUAUUUCUAUUGGAUUGCCAUCAUCAUAUAGGAAUCGUGUUUUCAGAAGGACAUAGGCUAUGGUUUGGACUUGUCAAAUGUGUAGGACAUUUUGCGUUUAUUCCUUACUGAUAGCCAGCUAACAUUGUCAUUAAUGCAAAAUAGGACUUGUUAAUGGUUCAAUGCGAACAUACCAGAUAUCAUAUCCGACGAUGGCUUGUAUUCAACGUGGAUAUACAGUAUAGUGCCCAACAAUGUUGCAACCAUGCCACAGCGUUGUGUAGCCUAUUAUGAUAAUGCUACCUAUAGAAAAAAAAAAACAUUAAUGAACGUCUUGCACUAGCCUAUUCCACCACAAUAGGUCGCUGUGUGACCAUUUUUCCUCCCUCUCUAACGAUGGUCCUGAGUGGACUGCUGAUGAGUUGAUGACAUUCUGGAUGUUAUUCUCCUCUCUCCUUGGCCUGGUCUAGGCCUGUGGCAGAGGCCAAAUGAUGGGCAUAAUGGUCCCUGUUAUUGCAAGCCUUUUAUAAUUUAGUUGUAUGACCAAUUUGAACGUUUCGUAGACUUAUAGCAACAGAUAAUCCUCAUCAAAUAGCAGGGGUUUGGGCGUACUGUGUUUGGGAAAACCCAGCCUAUGUUAAAUUAUUAAAACGUUAAUAGUUUAAAGGCUUCUUGCAGCCCAGGGGUUGGAGAGAGAUGGGCCAUUAGUUCCGCUUCCUUUGACUCUGUAGCGCAGGGGCAUUGGUAGAAUCUCGCUGAAUUGGCAUCUGUAGCCUACGCAAGCAGGGCUGCUGUGUAGUACUAGUAGCCUAGUAGAAGCAGCAGCGAGACGAGGAGGGGAGCAGAGCCGUUGCUGGCGUAUUCAUUGGAUUUGCAAUAGACACACGCGUUGUAAAUCUGGGCGAACGUCGGCGCUUGAACCAGAGGAAUAGUGUGGACCGUUCUGAAAUGGCAGCGGAAUCGACCCGGAGAUUCACGAAGAACCUGCUCAAGCCCGGGAGUGCGGCGGAGAUAAGGCAGACGGCAUCCAAUGCUGUCAGGCAUUCGGCAGUGACGCAGGAGAAACCCAAGCUGAUAGACCCUCUGGACUAUGAGGCUGUGAUCUGUGACCUGGGAGAUGAGCUGAAGGAAGACCCCCUCAGCGAGCUGUUCCUCUUCCCCGACAACGACUUCACGGUGUCCACAGUGCCUCUGGAAAGACGGACACUGCAGUCCACUGUGCCCCAGGGGGCCGAGCUCCAGGCCGAGUGUCUGCUGGUCAGACAGGCCUGCAAGUACUACAACUCCCAACUACAUGUGGUCCAUUACAAAUAUGAUGAGUACGCAGGAGAUUACCGGCUACUUCCCAGGAAGCUGUACAAGGCGGAGAAGUUGCCCUCCCACUCCUUUGAGAUUGACCAUGAGGACGUGGACAAGGAUGAGGACACAACGUCUUUGUCCUCUUCUAAAGGAGGGGGAGGCGGAGGAGGGAUUGGUGUGUUCCGAUCGGGGUGGCUCUAUAAAGGGAACUUCAAUAGCACUGUCAACAACAGCAUCACUGUUCGGUCGUUCAAGAGGAGGUACUUCCAGCUGACGCAGCUGACUGAUAACUCUUACAUCAUGAACUUUUACAAAGAUGAGAAGAUCUCCAAAGAGCCCAAGGGCUGCAUCUUCCUGGACUCGUGUACCGGUGUGGUUCAGAACAACCGUCUGAGGAAACACGCCUUUGAGCUGAAGAUGAACGAGGUGACGUACUUUGUGCUGGCGGCAGAGAGCGAGCAGGACAUGGAGGAGUGGAUCAGUACCUUGACCCGGAUCCUCCAGAUCAGCCCUCACGACGGGCCCGCCCCGCUGACGCAGCUGGACCGCAAGAGUGUAGACCUUACCGACACACGGCAGGACGUGUGUGAUCUGUCUCUAAGCGACGUGUGUUUACCUGAGAAUGAAGAGACGACAGAGAGCGGCAUCAACCCCGAGCUGGCUAAGUAUAUCUCUGAAACUGAGGAGUUGGUCCGAUCAGCCAGAAGAGAAGAGAGGCUCAACCUGUUCUCCCUGGACCCUGACACCCCGGUGUUGAGGAGUCCGCGGGGCGAAUACCCUAGGGGGGAAUGCCACCCAGUCCGUCCAUUCGAGGAGAAGCUGGGGAGGAGACUGAUGAUCGCCUGUCGAUCCCUCAACCUGACGCUGCAGGGCUGCAUCAAUGAGACCGAGACUGGUCCGGUCACCAACAUUGAGCCCUUCUUUGUGACUUUGGCCCUGCUGGAUGUGCGUGAGGGGAGGAAGGUGUCGGCUGACUUCCAUGUUGACCUGAACCACGAGACGGUGCGUCAGAUGCUGGGUGGGGUUGGAUCGGGAGCACCCGGGGCGGGGCAGGAGAAUGGACUGAGCUCCUCUGCAGAGAAGAGACCUGGAGACUGUCACCUCAGCCUGGACCUGGACGACUGGCUCCGCUUCCCCAAACAGGCCAUCUUCUCAGUGACGAAUCCCCACACGGACAUUGUUCUCUUGGUGAGGGUGGAGAAGGUGCUGAUGGGAAAUAUCGCCGCGGGAACAGAGCCGUACAUCAAAAACACAGACUCCAGCAAGACGGUUCAAAAGAUGCUGAAAUCCAACAAGCAGUUCUGCAGUAAACUGGGGAAGUACCACAUGCCAUUUGCCUGGUCCAUCAGGUCUGUGUUUAAGGACAAUCAGGGGACGGUGGACCGGGAGUCUCGCUUCUCGCCCCUCUUCAAACAGGAGAGCAACAAGAUCUCCACCGAAGAUCUCAUCAAGCUGGUGUCGGAAUACAGGAGGGCUGAGAAGACCAGUAAACUGCAGACCAUUCCAGGGAACCUGGACAUCACUGUGGACUAUGUCCCUAUGGAGCAUCCAAACUGUGUGACGUCCUCUUACGUGCCCGUCAAGCCUUUCGAGGACUGCAGCCAGCACCCGGCCACCGUGGAGGUGGAGGAGUUUGUCCAGGACUCCACCAAGUUCACCCAGCCACACCGCGUCUACAAGAACCACGUCUACGUCUACCCCCGGCAUCUCAAAUACGACAGCCAGAAGAGCUUCGCCAAGGCUCGUAACCUUGCAGUCUAUGUGGAGUUUCGAAGUUCGGACGAGGAAGUUGCCAAACCUUUGAAGUGCAUAUACGGCAAGCCUGGGGGCCCAGUUUACACCACAGCAGCCUGUUCCAUAGUCCUUCACCACUCCCAGAACCCAGACUUCUAUGAUGAGGUGAAGAUUGAGUUGCCCACCCAGCUCCACGAGAAGCACCAUCUACUCUUCUCCUUCUACCAUGUGACCUGUGACAUCAACGCCAAGACCAACUCCAAGAAGAAGGAGGCCCUGGAGACACCAGUGGGCUACUCGUGGCUGCCUCUGCUCAGAGAGGGUCGCCUGGCCUCACAGGAGUUCAACAUCCCUGUGUCCUGUAGCCUGCCCCCUGGAUACCUGCUCGUCAAAGAACCCGGAUCUACUAAGAACGGCUCGGAUCUGAAGUGGGUCGACGGAGGUAAGCCCAUAUUCAAGGUCUCCACCAACGUCCUCUCCACAGUCUACACCCAGGAGCCCCACCUGAAUCGCUUCUUCCAGCAGUGCCAAAAACGUGAGACGGACCUCUCCCAAUCACCUACCUCAAACUUCCUCAACUGCCUGAAGGGCUUACUGAGCAUUGAGAAGAUUCCGGUGAUAAUUCGUUUCCUGCCGGUGCUCUUCAACCAGCUGUUCAAGGUCCUCACCCAGAACGACAAUGACGAAGUCACCACCACCACCACCAGGGUGCUGGUCAACAUCGUUGCUAAGUGUCAUGAAGAAAACCUAGACCACUACCUGCACUCCUACAUAAAGUUUGUGUUCAAGGCGGAGUCGCACGGCUUCCGGACGGUCCACGAGGAGCUGGCCAAGGGCAUGACCUCUGACCUGAAGAGCAACGAGCAGCCGGCCGUCAGGAACAUCCUCAGGUUUUCCUGGUUCUUCUUCGAGCUCAUUGUCAAGUCCAUGGCCCAGCAUCUAGUGGACUCAGACAAUGUCAAGCUCCCUCGACCACAGAGGUUCCCUUCAACCUACCUGAGUCGUCUGGAGAGCCUAGUCAUGACCGUGUCCGACCACAUCUUCUGGAAGAACAAGGAGCUGGCAGAGGAGACCCGCAGUGCCAACCUGGCCGUGGCAGCCUUUGUCAAGCGUUGCUUCACCCUCAUGGACCGAGGGUUCACCUUCAAGCUGAUCAGCAACUAUGUCAACAUGAUCACAGCCACUGACAACAAGGUGCUGUGUGAGUUCAAGUUUGAGUUCCUGCGAGAGGUGUGCAACCACGAGCACUACAUCCCUCUCAGUCUGCCCCUCCCCUCUGCACGCAUCACAGACAAUGCAUCACAAGAAACGCAAAGUGCUCAGGUGGAUGUGCCAGAGUACAGCCUGACGGGCGAGUUCUGCCGGAAGCACUUCCUGACGGGCUUGUUGCUACGGGAGCUGGGCCUGGCGUUGCAGGAUGAGCAGGACCUGCGCCACCUGGCCCUCGCCUGCCUCAAGAACCUGAUGGCCAAGCAUUCGCUGGAUGCCCGCUACGCCAUGAAGGAUAAGCAGGCGAGGAUAGCGUCCCUCUACCUGCCUCUGUACGGCCUCAUCCUGGACAACAUGCCUCGCUUCUUCCUCCGAGACCUCUUCCCCAUCUACUUCACCUCCAGUGACCAAGGUUCAAGAGAUGACCUGAGUGUGGGAGGGGGUGUGGCAGGUCCUGUGGCUCACGUCAUUCGCCAUGGCAACUCGGUGGAUGCCUCCUUUUCCAAAGAAGUGCUCAACUCCAUCACAGCCUUUUCCUCCCUGGCUGUUUCUACGGGUAACCAUGCCGACUCGCGGGGUUCUCUGAUUAGCAUAGAGUCCAACCCCAGCGACAGGAACAGCGAGAAGAUGGACGGAUGUGAAAAGUUUGCCCGGCCUCAGUCUCUGAUAGGCUUUGGAUCUCGCAUUGACAAGCUGGACCAGGCCGAGACGCGCAGUCUGCUCAUGUGUUUCCUCCACAUCAUGAAGACCAUAUCUGAGCACGUGAUGGUUUCCUAUUGGCACCGAGCCAUACACCAGGAGAUCUCCGACUUCUUCAACCUCCUGGAGCUGUGUCUCCAGCACUUCAGAUUCCUGGGGAAGCGUCACAUAGCCAGGAAGCUAGCAGCCGCGGUAAAGCUGGCCCAGGCCACCCAGAACAAUGGCACCCUGAAGGGCUCUAACCAUUCCACCCAGUCCUCCUCAGGCCUGCUCCCUCAAUGGAUGCUGUCAGGACAGGACGGCCAUCGGCACGCACGCUCCCAGACCAUGCCCAUCAUCCGGGCCAAGAACGCCCUGACCAACCCCAAGCUGCUGCAGAUGAUGGAGACGGAUGGGAACAUCCCAGAGGGGGACCACCUGAGCCCGACGGACAUCGAGGCCAAUCUGUCCACCGAGGUGGCCCUCAUCGUGCUGGAUGUUCUGGGCCUCUUUGUCCAUCACCACAAGAAACAGUUACUGCAGGAUGAGGGUCAGAACCUGCUGAUGAAGAAGGUGUUCGACACCUUCCUCCUGUUCUUCCAGAUCAAUCAGUCCACCAGCACCCUGAGACAUGUCUUCGCUGCCCUGCGCCUCUUCAUACAGAAGUUCCCCUCUGCGUUCUUCCAGGGUAAAGCGGACCUGUGUGGCUGCCUGUGCUACGAGAUCCUGAAGUGUUGUAACCACCGCUCCAGCUCCACCCAGACUGAGGCCUCCGCACUCCUCUACUUCUUCAUGAGGAAAAACUUUGAGUUCACCAAGGGAAAGUCCAUCGUCCGCUCCCACCUACAGUUGAUCAAGGCAGUGAGUCAGCUGAUAGCGGAUGCUGGCAUCGGGGGCUCACGCUUCCAACAGUCGUUGGCCAUCAUCAAUAACUUUGCCAACGGAGAUGCUCCUCUCAAGAACACACCGUUCCCUGCCGAGGUGAAAGACUUGACCAAGCGGAUCCGCACGGUGUUGAUGGCCACGUCCCAGAUGAAGGAGCACGAGAAGGACCCGGAGAUGUUGGUGGACCUGCAGUACAGCCUGGCCAACUCCUACGCCAGCACCCCCGAGCUCCGGCGCACCUGGCUGGAGAGCAUGGCCAAGAUACACGUCCGCAACGGAGACCUCUCCGAGGCGGCCAUGUGUUACAUCCACAUCUCAGCCCUGAUCGCUGAGUCCCUCAAGAGGAGAGGCUACUGGAAACCAGACAAGGCCAGGAUGUCAAGUGUGGUUCCUGAGGAGCCCAAUGUCAUUAACUGUAGCCCCUUACUAACCCCCCGAGAUGGAGAAACGUCGUUCUCCAUGGGCUGGGCGGCCUUCCUGUGCAUCUCACCGAACGUGAAGGAAGAGGGGGCCAUGAAAGAGGACACAGGGACUCAAGAUACCCCCUACACUGAGGAUACUCUAGUGGAGCAGCUGGAGCUGUGUGUGGACUACCUGUGGAAGUCUGAGAGGCACGAGCUCAUCGCCGAUAUCAACAAGCCCGUCAUUGCCGUCUUUGAAAAGAGGCGAGAUUUCAAGAGGCUAUCGGAGCUGUACUACGACAUCCACCGCUCCUACCUGAAGGUGACAGAGGUCGUGAACUCUGAGAAGCGUCUGUUUGGCCGAUACUACCGCGUGGCGUUCUAUGGACUGGGUUUCUUUGAGGAAGAGGAGAGUAAAGAGUUCAUCUAUAAGGAGCCCAAGUUGACAGGACUGUCCGAGAUCUCCCAGAGGCUCCUCAAACUCUACUCGGACAAGUUUGGGGCCGACAACGUCAAGAUGAUCCAGGACUCCAACAAGGUAAAUCCUAAAGACCUGGACUCCAAGUACGCCUACAUCCAGGUGACCUACGUAGUGCCCUACUUUGACAACAAGGAGCAGCAGGAGAAGAAGACUGACUUCGAGCGACAUCACAACAUCAAUCGCUUCGUGUUCGAGACGCCUUUCACUCUGACGGGGAAGAAACAUGGCGACGUGGAGGAACAGUGCAAGAGACGCACCAUACUAACCACGAAUUCCACCUUCCCCUACCUGAAAAAGCGUAUCCAGGUGGUGGAGCAGCAGAGCACGGAGAUGAACCCCAUCGAGGUGGCCAUCGACGAGAUGUCCUGCAAAGUGUCGGAGCUCAACCAGCUGUGUGCCAUGGCAGAGGUGGACAUGAUCCGGCUGCAGCUCAAACUACAGGGUAGCGUCAGCGUCAAGGUGAAUGCAGGGCCCAUGGCCUAUGCCCGAGCCUUCCUGGAAGAGAAAAAUGCCAAGAAAUACCCUGACAACCAAGUCAAAUUGCUCAAGGAGAUUUUCAGGCAGUUUGCGGAGGCGUGUGGCCAGGCGCUGGACGUCAACGAGCGGCUGAUCAAGGAGGACCAGCUGGAGUACCAGGAGGAGAUGAGGGCCCACUACAGGGACAUGCUCACCGAGCUCUCCACUGUCAUGAACGAGCAGAUCCCUCACACAAGACCACCAGGAACAGAACAACACAGUGCCUUCUGAGCAGCCAGUAGGUAUGUUGGAAUCUGCCAAUGCCCAGGAGGACAUGUUUCUCCAAAAUGGCUCCUGAUGACAGACGUCGUUCUCCCUCCUGCCAGGAAUUAUACAGGAAGGAGAGCGGGGGACUGGAACUGUGACUUUAUGGGACCUGGAAAAAAGGGAAUUGGAUGGGGAAGUCCAGAAGUCUGUAGACUUUGAUCAUGGUAGUCUGAAGUUGUAUGGUGUCCAGUCCUGGUGAUGAUGAUGAUGAUGUCCAGUAGACCAGGCUGCUGUACUGUUACUUUGUUUUGUUUUUAAGGCUCAAUCCAUGUUUUCACUCCCCUGCCAACCGUCUCAUCUCCUUACUCUGUACACAUGCACACACAGACAACACACGCCUUCUCUCCCCAGCACCAUCCCUUUAGAAAAUGGUGACCUUAAUGAGCUCGAGUUCAACAGAGCAAACGUUUGGUUGUAAAUUCUGGCCACAACCAUGUCGAUCAUAAUUUGUCCAUAUUCUGUUGGUUAUCUUUAUGCCGCAAAUGUUUGUCACCUGUGUGGUUAGCAAUUCCAAAAGGUAUUGUAAAAUGACAGUUCAAGGAAUUCUAUAAAGGAAAUUAGGGCCACAUUCAGUAGUCAAACAUUGUUGAUGUUGCAGAUAGAAAUAGCAUGAACACAGCCAACAUGAUUACUUAUUCUAUACGGCAGAGAGACAUGUUUGUUCCACAUCAUUUAUUUCUGUCAGAAUGUUCCACAUCGUGGUGUCCUGCUGAACAGAUUGACAUGUAGCCUAAUUCUUAUUUGAUUGAACACACCUCUAGUUCCUGUUUGAAUGUACAGCAACUCCCAAUAGCUACUUUGUAUCCUAACAUUCUGGAAUUCCCAGCUCACAAAUUUUCAAAUGGAAAGUUUGUUUUAUAACAUUUUUAUUAUUGAUAAUGUUGUUAUUAUUUACUGUACUGUUUUAAAUUGUAAAUAAGAAUUAAUAUUUAAAAAGAUAUAUGAUUUUUUGUUUGGCUAAAUAAAAAAAAGAAUGAACAAAAGAA